GACAUAACCCCCCAAAAUAAACAUCUCGUCACAUCUGUUUUGAUUAGUACAGUCUGUGGCGACCAGACUCUGCAUUUCCUCAACUGAUACGCACCAGUCAGACAGAAGCAGUCGAUCGCAGAGGCCUCCCCACUGUCUCCCCCCUCUUUGUGUUUAUAUGUGUUUUUUUAAUAUCUUUUUUGAGGGAAACUGUCAAGCCCUAUCCCAAAGAGCAGGGACCAAAGAGCAAAAAUAAUGUACGCUUUCGUGCGUUUCUUGGAGGACGAUAUGUGCUACGCGUUACCUGUGUCAGACGUGAAAGAUUUCCAGCCUGUGCACAAAAGAGAUUUUGAUGAUCAGAAGGUGUAUGUGGUGCUGAGAGGCGCAGGCCAGCCUGCCAAAGCACACAUCCUCGCCCUGGCAGAAAGCAUUGAAGAAUUUGAGCACAGUAUUAUGCAAAAGAAGAUGAAAAUACCCAAGAUGUCGAACAGGAACACAGUGGAGAAUCAUUUUGGCGAGGAGAGAAUGCCCCUUAGACAUAAAAAGGUCCAGUCACAGGAACAGCAGAGGGCCAGUUCCAACUCCUCAAAGAGCCUGGCUGCUGUGGUGGCACGGCUGGAGAGGAACGCAGUCAACUCCUGCACUGAGGGAGAGGAGCUGGACAGACUCACAACAGAGGAAGAGGAAGAGCAGGACGAGGCCGUGGUGCCUCGCGUUCUGUACGAGGAGCUGGUGCACAGCUACAGGCAGCAGGAAGAGGAAAUGAGACGCCUGCAGCAGGAACUGGAGCGCACACGCAGGCAGCUGCUGCAGCAGGCCAAGAAGCUUAAGGAGUAUGGCAGUCUUCUGACUGAAGUCAAGGAGCUGCGUGAUUUCAAUCGACGCCUACAGGAUGUCCUGCUCAUGAGGCUUGGCAGCGAGCCGAUGCAUGACAAUGGCACACAGACAAUCAAAGCAGAGGUGGUGGAGCCGAUCAGUGAACCACAGGAGGUGUGUCAAGAGGAAGCCAACACUAGCUCCACCCACUCCCCAUCCCCCAGAACUGUCUACACCUUCAAUGAUGGAAAAGUGCAUUUGGGUGGAGGUAUUUGGGUGGAGGAGGAGAAAUGGCACCAGCUACAACGGACACAGGGAGACUCAAAAUUCACCAAAAACCUGGCGGUGAUGAUCUGGGGCACUGAAACCUUGAAGAACCGCAGCGUGACUGGCGUCGCAACGAAGAAGAAGAAAGACGCCCUGCCCAAACCACCUCUCUCACCAAGCAAGCUCAAAAUUGUUCGAGAGUGUCUGUAUGACCGUGUGUCUCAAGAAACAGCUGACAGUGCAGAGAUCACCCAGCGAUUAUCCAAAGUGAACAAAUACAUCUGCGAAAAGAUCAUGGAUAUCAACAAAUCUAUUAAGAAUGAGGAACGGCGAGAGUCUAAGCUUCUCAUCCAGCAGACGGUGAAGAUGGAAAACUUCCCCUACGACGGUCUGUAGGGGGCGCUGAAGUUGUCACCAUAGCUCAUUCUACUCCUCAAGGACUUCUGGUGGAGAAGGUGCACAUAAUCACCGGCGCUGCCAAUUGAGAUUUCCACCGAUGCCCUCCCAAGACCUCUCUGUCUUUUACUCUCGUAGACUCUGUUUUACAGCCUGUCUGACAGUUUUACCUCUCUCCACACUGCCUUAGCAUGCUGGCGUGCAUUCUGUGAGUGAAUGGGGCGGGUUUUUGUAAGCUUUGAUGGGGGUUCUCGGGGUGGGUCGGAUAUUAUGCCUGAUAGACAGGAGCGAUCCUUUAAAUCGUGUGUGAGAAAAAUGUGUUUGGCACAUCAGCUUGUGUUCUGUGUCAGAACAUGUCCUAAUGUACUAAAGAGGCUUCCCUUCAGGAGAAGCCUUCUUGUUUCAGGAGGAUGUUUGCAAGGUGUCAUAAAUGCUGGCUUAGAGUCGGAGUCUUAAGGGGAGGUAGGUCACUUCAGAGGGACCAUCUGCUAAAGGUACUUAACAUAAAGAGUUGCACUUUUAAACAGGGUCACACCCUGCGUCGUCUUAAUGAACGAUUGAUUUAAUUAAUCAAUCUAGGCCUAAUUGCUCCCGUUAAUUGCUUUCCUGAGAUGACUACUGAUGGUCCGUUGUUGUUCUUGAUGGUUGUUAGGGGUGGAGAGGUCGCGUGUAGUCAGUGGUGUUAAACGGUUAUCCUGGAAGAUGGACAGCAGCUUGUGUUUAAAGACGAGCCAUAAAAAGGUGAACAAAUCAUUUUUAAAUGUUAAAUUUAGAGUUUUUUUCCAGAGCAUUAGUGGACUUCUUAUGUUUGUUUCAGGCUGUAUGCUGCCUGUUGGGAGAUUUCUGUGGUUUAAAAGUUGUAAUUUAUAAUGAUGUGUUUUCAAGUAAUUUACACUACUGGGGUCGGUAAGAUUUCUUUUCUUUUUUUUUAUGUUUUUGCUAAAAAUAUACAGUAAAAAAGUACAUUAGUGAAAUAUUAUUACAAAUUUUCCUAAAUCGUUCUAAUAUGAUCAUUUGGUACUCAAAUACUUUUCUUUUACUGUUAAUAUUAAUAACAAUUGUGGCGCUUAAUAUUUUAGUGAGUACUUGGGAAAAAAUCAGUAUUCAUUAAUGAAUAAAAUGUUCAAAAUAAUGACAUUUAUUUAAAAUAUGUCUUUUGACUAAAAGUAUUAAUUUCUUUUUUAAAAAUCUUAUCAGCCUUUGAAUAGCAGUGUAUGUUUUAACAAAACAAAUGCGUUUGAGUAAAGUUUGGUGCCUAAAGAAAUACCCACCAGUAAUUCACAUUCUCUUUACAUUUUUUUCAGAUUCAACUCUGAAUAGAGUAUUUAAUGCCGUAUUUUGAAGUAUACUUGAAUUCGUAAUAUUGCAGAUGUCUUGUUGUGUACAAAAGCACACAGUUGACGACAAUGCAUUAAAAAUGACGUAAAGUAUAAAAUAAGAUUCUUGUAAACAACAAGAGCACAUCCAAUUUGAUUUCAGUGUACUUGAUGGACUAGCCAUGGGACAGGAGUUAUUGUAUUAUCGGGUCUACAGAGAUGGAGACCACCUAAGACCUUUUACCAGCCGUAAAUUGCACUUGGGACGGAGGGUAAGUGGAAAUCUGAGCUAGGCUGCAGGGCCUUUUUCCAGCUGGCAAUCAUUGGGAACUGUGUUCUCUGUUUUAUAGCAAGCUGUGAUUGUAAUAUGAGCUGAUAUUGCUUUAACUGCACUUUGGUGUGAGUGUGGAGAGAUGCCAGGCGCCGUGUGCAGACGUGGGUAAAACUGUCAGCAGUGCUUGGGAGUUACACAUUAGCCUCAUCCUUCUGGUCGCACCAACCGCAGGGUCUCGGCUCUGGCCACCUGUAGAGGGAGCACUCGUUAGGGGAGGAAAUAAGAUAUCGUGACAACUUACAAUGAGCCAUGCCAUCCACACUUUAGUCCUUUGUCUCCCCUUGUCGUCUUUAUUUUCAUCACAAACAGUCUGUGUGGCUUGUCGGUGUAACGAUCUCUUGCAGAUUUGGUUUCUUGACUGUGAUGCCAUAUCGCUUACUGUGAAUUAACAGAUCACAGAUCUGCCACACAAAAGCCUCCCAUAUUUUUAAUGUUUUCUUUUUUUUUUUUUUUUUUUUUUAAUCAAGUACAUUUUAUUAGUGGGCAGAAAAUUUCAGUGUAUAUUUGGAGUAUAUUCUCAACAUUUUGUCAUUUGCAUCCAGGCUGCACCUUAUCUCACUAAGCUUCUGGUUCCAAACCGAGUCAGACAAUGUUGUAAUUCUGUCUUUAUCUUUGCUGGUUCAUAUAUAGUUUCUAAUCAUUUCUACUUUUACAGUGUAUAUGUGACGUUUCGCUAUUAACGUAGAUCCUGGGUACUCAUAUUUCUCAAAGAAUGCAGGGCUCUUCACGAUACGUCAUCUCUAAUGACAGAAACCCAUAUCUUAAAUUGAUACUAUCAUGGAUUUUUUACCGCAGGUAUCUUGAUGCUUCAAGAACUUCAAUUUAUGAAUUUCACCUCACUGUGAGUCAUUUAUGGACUAUCAUUUCAUUUGGAGUCAUUUCCGUCGAGAGGCAGCCGUCGCCCGCCUUUCCGUUCUGAGGAAGUCAUUGUCCAUCUUCGACAACGUAGCACUUUAAUCCUAAGGAGGAAAAAAACGUAUAAAAAUCCAUCAGUGUUGGCUUCUUUGUUGUGAUUUACUCAAGCCAAUUAAAACAAAACAAAAAAAAAAAGUCAACAUAAACAUUUAACAAUGCUUGUGAAAAGACGUUCACGAGAAAUCAUAAAUCAGCUAUCAGUUUUCUGCCACUCAAUAGCAGUUUAGCAGCCAUUUGUUUCUCAUUCUCUUGAGCCUGUGAAAGCGAUUCCUUUUUUUCUUUCUUACAGCGACGUACCUCCAAUAUGUCAAGGUAAUUACGGGAGAGGACAGAUUGUAAUAAGGUUCUUUUGUUCCACUGAAUGUCUUUCUCUUCUUCUUUUUUUCUGUAGAUAUUUCCUGUAUUGUGUGAUAUGUAUUGCCACACUUAUUGAAUAUUUGAUGUUCCAUAAUGAGCGUACGUACUGUGCGGGUAUACUGGAAAAUGACAGCUUUAGGUGUGCAGAGGUUGAAUGACAGCCAAACUUUAUCAUCGGUCCAUGUUGUCAUACUUUUUAUGUGGAGAUUUGCUAGUGGAAUCGUUGCCUUGAAAAAGACUACAGCAUUAUGUAUUGCUCUUUUGCUUACUUUUUUUUUUUUUUUUUUUUUUUUUGCCUCGCAGCUGCGCCGAGACUAAAUUCGGGCACAGCGGCGUUCAGAUCCGAGGAAAAUUAAAAAUUUAAAGUUUCUUCAGUUGUGAGAUCAAACCAGUGAAUCCCAUCAGGGAAAUCCGACUUUUAAAUACAAUCAUGUACAGUAUUUAUAGGCUAAAAGGCUACAAAAGCGAAGCAGUAGCCUCGCGGAGGCUGUGUUUUUCUUUUCUGGGAGACUGGUGAGGCUGGUGCCUAUGCUUUCAGUGGCCGUGUUAUAGUGGUGCUUAUCUUUGAGCUGGUCUGUGCCUCUAGAAAACGGCAAGUCCGGUGCAAAGCAUGUUUGAGGGAUCAACAUAUCAUCUGAGUUGUUCCAGGAGACGUUUUGUCAUGUCAAACGAGUUUCGUCCGAUCUGAAUGUGUGUUGGGGGUUUGCGUCGUUCUGUUAUAAAUAAGCCAAAGUGGAUUCUCAGCAACGGACAGUUUGUGAUCAGUCUUAUGAAUACGAACUUGCACAAAAAAGGCCCCUGCUUCGGUUGUCCACAGCUAAGCCAACAGGAAAGAAACAGCCGAGAUAUAUUUUUACUGAAAAAAGAUGAUAUUACAAGGUGUUGCUGUGCUGCCGACAUCUCCGUUUUCUGAUUUGUGUUUUCUGUUUUGUAUUAAAAGAGCAUUAAUCUUUAGAUAAUGGAUAUGGCUAUAUUGUUCAGUUUGAAAAAUCUCAAAUCAUUUUUUGUUUUGUUUUUUUUUUGUUCCUUUAUGAUGCCAAAAAACUAGUAUGUGGACGUUCUUGGGGGAAAAAAAUUAGUUAGUAUUGCUUUGGUCUGCUUCACUAACCUACAUUCUGAGAUUGUCAAUCAAAUGCUGAGGACCCGCCCCAUACGCCACAGCAAUUCCCAAAACUGCCCAGUAUUCCGCUAUAGCAAGAAAGGCAACCUCCUGUUGCGCUCUGACUUUUUUUUUCACGCUCACGAUUACAAUAAAGGACCCUACUCAGUCAGUCAUAUUUAAUAACCGAUAUUCUCAGCUCUACUAGUGAAAGAAAUGUAUUUUUGAUAAAACACAAGUUCAGGUUAUUCUUAGUCUGAAAACAAGCAUGUAGAGUCACAGUCCUACCUCAUUGCUGCUCAUCGUCUGUGUUCCUAAGACAGUCUCGCCACCCUCAUACCUCGUUCAGAGAUAUAUAUAUCGGUUUGUAUGGUAGAUUCAUUUCAGAUGCCGUAUUUUACUCCCUUAACAACUGUGUCAAUGUUUCUGUGGCAGUAAAUAGUGUUUCUUUUGCAGUAAUUAGAUUUUUAUCCCAUUGAUGGUGCUACAGCAGGCAUGGGUUGUUUAAUCUGUGUUACUUACCUCAGAUGGUGCUAAUUUUUCUACUUUUCUGGAGGUCGUUCUGCUUUGCAUGAAUUAAACUGGUUAAUGUUCAUUUUAUAGCAGCGGGAAUUCUGGGAUAAAAAUAAAGCAUCAGAUUACAAGAAUCGUAGGAAUUGCAUCCGGCAUGUCAUAAAAAUUUUGUUUUGUCAUAUUUCGAGUAAGACAUACCUCUCAAACAAAUUACCUCACAUACUCUGUUCCAAAUUAACAGUGCACGCAGGAUCUUUCCGUGGCCAUAUAACCUUGUCUUUACUGUACAAUACAAACCUGAUGCUGGAGUGUGAAACCUGAUAAUCCAAACCAUCUACCUAAAUAUCACUGGGCAGUUGACUCUCACAGCAAUGUGGUCCUCAGCAGUUAAUGUGAAAGUCAAUCCCACUGUAAAAAUACAGUGCAACUAACAUGUUAGUCUUACUUUUGGUGGUGGUGAUGAUAUUUUACAGUACGUUAACUGUAGGGAUAUUUUUUAACUUACCAAAGUGGUUCCCUCCCAAAGAAACUCGUUGUUGUUGGGAACAGUUUGGGAACAAAGUCUCCAAUUUGCAUUUCAGUUGAGCGAAACCGGUCUCAGAAAUACGGGUGUUUUGAGCGCCUGCCGCUCAGCAGAACGUAAAUUAGUCCGUCCACGAAAAUACAAUCAGUCGCAUGUUUCCAUGACAUUUUAUAUUAAUACAGACAGUUGAUUCAUUUAGAGCGUGUAACGUGACAACUGAUGGCAAACUGUGUAAUUUUGUUAGCGACCACUUUCCUGUCGAGACGUUUUUGAUGAUUUUAUGUCUCUUGCAAAGCGAAUAUUUCAUGGGCUUCAUGAACUGACCUCAAGACCAGACAGCGAGUUCGGAAAUCUAUCGUAUUGCAUUUAAAUCUGAACAUUUUGCAUUUUCAUUUAACUUUGUGUCUUUAUCAUGUCUGUCAUCUCUUCAUUCUUGCUGCUGAAUAAAUAUCUAGAAACCUAUAUAUACAUA